GCUGUCAGGAGGUCGCCAUAUUUCUGUACGGCCCUGAGGCAGCUCUGGCAGUCCGUGGAUCCGUAGAGGUGCUGACAGGGCGGGGCCGUGGCUCGGCUCAGCCGGCCUCACCCCUCCCGCUGGGGACAGGUGGCUGGAGUGCGCCCCGCCUCCGCCAGCUGCGAGUUGGGAGCGGAGGAGAGCCAGUCCCGGACGGCCGCCGCCAGCUGCGACUGGGAGUGAGUGAGGGCUAGUCCGGGACGGCCGGGGCGAGGAGUCCGGCGGCAGCAAACGAAUAUCGUGGCGGCCAAAAAAAUGCUCCUGUACCGAGGGGCCCCCGCGGGCCCUGGCGCGCCAGUCGGCGGGCUGGCCCGGCAGGGCAGUGGCCCGCAGGCCUUCGGGAUCCGCCUCAGCACGAUGAGCCCCCGCUACCUACAGAGCAACUCCAGCAGCCACACGCGACCCUUCAGUGCCAUCGCGGAGCUGCUAGAUAAUGCUGUAGAUCCAGAUGUAUCCGCCAGGACGGUCUUUAUAGAUGUUGAGGAGGUCAAGAAUAAAUCUUGUUUGACCUUUACUGAUGAUGGAUGUGGAAUGACACCUCACAAACUCCACCGAAUGCUCAGCUUUGGCUUUACAGAUAAAGUAAUAAAGAAGAGCCAGUGUCCCAUCGGGGUCUUUGGUAAUGGUUUCAAGUCAGGCUCCAUGCGGCUAGGAAAGGACGCUCUUGUCUUCACCAAGAAUGGGGGUACUCUUACUGUUGGACUCCUAUCACAGACCUAUCUGGAGUGUGUCCAGGCCCAGGCAGUUAUUGUACCAAUUGUUCCAUUCAGCCAGCAAAACAAAAAAAUGAUUAUUACUGAGGAUUCCUUGCCCAGCCUGGAAGCCAUCUUGAAUUAUUCAAUUUUCAACAGUGAAAAUGACCUGCUGUCCCAGUUUGAUGCCAUCCCAGGCAAAAAAGGCACUCGUGUUCUCAUUUGGAACAUCCGCAGAAACAAAGAUGGGAAGUCUGAGUUGGACUUUGAUACAGAUCAAUAUGAUAUCCUGGUGUCAGAUUUUGAUGCAGAAGAAAAAGAGAUUAGUGGUUCUGAGUUGCCAGAAACAGAGUAUUCUUUACGGGCAUAUUGUAGUAUUCUAUAUAUGAAGCCACGGAUGAAAAUUUUUCUGCGUCAAAAGAAGGUGACCACCCAGAUGAUUGCCAAAAGUCUGGCCAAUGUAGGAUAUGAUAUAUAUAAACCUACCUUUACAAAUAAGCAGGUGAGAAUCACUUUUGGAUUCUCCUGCAAGAAAACUAACCAGUUUGGAGUAAUGAUGUAUCAUAACAACCGGCUCAUAAAGUUCUUUGAGAAGGUGGGAUGCCAGCCAACUCAUGGAGAAGGUGUGGGAGUAAUUGGAGUCAUUGAGUGCAAUUUCCUAAAACCUGCCUAUAACAAACAAGACUUUGAGUACACCAAGGAAUACCGAUUGACAAUAAAUGCCCUUGCCCAGAAGCUUAAUGCUUAUUGGAAGGAAAAGAUAUCUCAAGAGAAUUUUGAGAUCUCCGCUACAGCCAGGAAGAUUCCUGACCAGACAUGGGUACAGUGUGAUGAAUGUCUUAAAUGGAGGAAACUUCCUGGCAAGGUGGAUCCAUGUACAUUACCUGCAAGAUGGUUUUGUUACUAUAAUUCCCAUCCAAAAUACAGGAGAUGCUCUGUUCCAGAGGAACAAGAACUCAUUGAUGAAGACUUAUAUUUGAGCAAAACUAAGAAACAAGAUCAAUCUGUUGAGAAGAAGAAGAUAUCUAUGGAAAAUGAGAACCUCCAGGCAUUCAGUAAUCCACCAAAGAUUCCUUCUGUUCAAGAUAUGGCUGGACUGAAUGACAAGACAAUCGAAUAUGAGAGAAUUGAUAGUCCUACCCUGCUUCCAUCUGUUGGAGAAGAAAGCAGAUCACCUUCUCUUCAACUUAAACCUCUGGAUUCCAGUGUCUUUCAGUUUUCCAGUAAGUACAAAUGGAUUCUAGGUGAGGAACCUGUGGAAAAACGAAGAAGGCUCCAGAAUGAGAUGCCAACAUCACCUCUGGAUUAUUCCAUGCCUGGAUCUUAUAGGAGGGUAGAGGCAGCUGUUGCCUACGCAGAAGGGGAGAACAGCCAUGAUAAAUCAAGUUCUGAGAGAAGUACACCACCAUGCCUUUUCCCAGAAUACCCAGAAGCAAACAAGAAUACAGGACAGAAUAGGGAAACAUCAGUUCUAUAUCCAGGGGCCCAAGACCAACGCCAAGGGUCCCUGCUUCCUGAAGAAUUAGAAGAUCAGAUGCCAAGAUUGGUAGCAGAAGAAUCCAAUAGAGGAGAAUCCAAUAGAGGUAGCACAAACAUAAACAAAGAAGAAGUGAACAAGGGACCUUUUGUAGCUGUUGUUGGUGUUGCAAAAGGUGUUAGAGAUUCAGGGGCCCCCAUUCAGCUAAUCCCUUUUAACAGAGAGGAGCUUGCUGAGAGAAGAAAAACUGUUGAAUCCUGGAACCCAGUGCCUUAUUCUUCUGUGGCUUCUGCUGCAGCCAUUGGGGAGAAAGGAAGAGGCUAUGAGGAGAGUGGAGGUCGUAACACACCAAAGAUGAAGAAUCAGAGAGAACUGGAAGAAUUGAAAAGAACCACAGAAAAAUUGGAACGUGUUUUGGCUGAAAGAAAUUUGUUCCAGCAAAAGGUGGAGGAGCUGGAACAGGAGAGGAAUCACUGGCAUUCUGAAUUCAAGAAAGUUCAACAUGAAUUGGUGACCUAUAGUACCCAGGAGACAGAAGGGUUAUACUGGAGCAAGAAACACAUGGGUUAUCGCCAAGCUGAAUUCCAGAUUCUGAAAGCUGAACUAGAAAGAACCAAAGAGGAAAAGCAAGAAUUACAAGAGAAAUUGAAGGAGACAGAGACACACCUGGAAGUGCUACGGAAGGCUCAGGUCUCCUACCGGACCCCAGAGGGAGAUGACCUAGAAAGGGCUUUGGCAAAGCUUACGCGACUGCGUAUCCACGUCAGCUAUCUUCUUACUUCUGUCCUCCCUCACUUGGAGCUUCGUGAGAUCGGGUAUGACUCAGAACAAGUGGAUGGGAUCCUGUACACAGUGCUGGAGGCAAAUCACAUACUGGAUUGAGCACCAGACUAUAUAUAUUCUUUUCUUUUCAGCCUGUGUACUGUAUAUACUCUUUCCUAUACUUCUCUAUUCUUCUCUUGCCUUCCCUCUCUUCUCUUUUUCCCUUCCUCCCAAACACACACACAAAAAACUUCUUUCUCUCUCUCUCUGUCUCCUUUAUGCCAUAUGUAGAGAAUCUUUGAGUAAAUCCUGGAUCUUAAUCAGUCUGCUGCUUACUCAGUUAUGGUGUAGACAGAGAAACCAAUUAAAUAGACUUUCAAGGUUCCAGAAACAGAAAAGCAAGAGUCACCAAGCUAGGUGAUCAGAAAGCUUUUUUACUUGGCCUAUUUUAUAUCCUUUCUGAAAUGGUUCAUACUUGUUUUGGUCAGUCAGUAAAUACUAGGUCCAACAUACCUGGUGUUUCUUGAUGAAUUAUGAAGUACUCAUGGUUUCAGCCUACUAAGGUUCUAACAAGACACCAAGUUACCUAAUUAUCCACAGAAUUAUAUGGUUUAUACAAGUUAGUGGUAAAAACAUAGAAAUAGGGGAAGGGAGCUCAAGAAAAGCAUCACACCAGAAAUGGGACCUAAACUAAGGUUUAAAGAAUGAGCAUGGCCAUACUGUUAACAUGUAUUGUUCUUUAGGUGGUAGGAUUAUGGUUGAUAAUUUUUUUCUUCUUCCUAUCUUCCUGCCUUUUUCAAAUUUUCUAUAAUAAACUUGAUAUUCUUACAUUUGAAAAAAUGAAUUAUUUUUUAAAGAACAAUUAGACUUGGAUUUGGGUAUCAAAUGAGAGACUGUGAAACUAUAUGUAAUAUUCCAUUUAUUAUUUAGGUUAAAUUUAGCAUUACCUCUGGAAGAACAGCAUGCAUGAACAAAGACACAGAAAAUUCAGAAUGGGAAAAUUGUUUUAGGUAGGAGUGGUAGGUUAAUGUAAAGGGAACUGAGAUUAAAUCAAGACCCAUCUACCUACCCACUUUCCCAUCUACUAUGGUAUUUGCUUUUUAAUUAGGAAUAUUAAAAAAACAAAUCUUCAACAUUCAUCAAUUUUAAAUGUAUAUCACCAACUUGAAGAUUUUCAGUUAUAGGGAGAAGUAUUUUACAGUAGGGAGAUCUAUCUGAUGUCUCUCAGAAUAUACCUAUAUAUCCUUCAGGGUAUCCUGAGUGAGGGAUAGACCUCAUAGUAUUAGAAAUAGUAAAGCUUAUACUCAUGUAAAUUGAAAUGUUUUAUUCAUUCAUUGCUUUAUUAUAUUUAUAUAGUGCAUACUCUCCAAAGAGUUCCAGGUGCUCAUCAAAAGACAUUGAACAAAGAACAUAUAAAAACAUCAAGGAAUAGGGUUGUGGCUCAGUGGUAGAGUGCUUGCCUAGCAUGCAUGAAGCCCUGGGUUUGAUCCCCAGCAUCAAAAAAUAUAUAUCAACAGUGAAAAAUAGGAAGUAUAGAAAUAUAAAAGCAAGGUAGGCUCAAGCAGUGGCAAAAAGGAUUAGCUAGACAAAAUGCUUUGGAUACUCAUUCUGUUUCUCUUCUGCAGAGUUACUUCAGAAGACUUUUACAAACAUAUUUUACCUCAUUUGAAAGGAAGCCCAUUGUAGAUAGUCCUGUGAGAUUGCAGGAGAAAGGAGGAGGCCAGAACCAGGCUUCACCAUUAGAACAUGUACUUAAAGUUAUCCCUGGCCACUGCCACAUCACCUCACCUCACCUCACCUUAGCUUGCCACAUGAUUAGUUUUUAUGUUGGAUAUUUGGAUCAUGAUAGUCAAGGUCUCAUUUUAUCUAAGUGUAAAUAUUACUGAGGGAUAGGGAGCAUAUUAAGCCAUUUUUUCAGUGAUAUUUGCUUGUCAUUUGGGGGCUGAGAGGGCAUAAGACUUUGUACAGUUAUGAAUAAUAUGAAUGGGAAUCUGGUAGAAGGAAAAGUUCAGAUUGUUGAAGGUUCAGACUUUGUGUUCAUUGGACAAGUGAGGGGCAGAGUAGGAAGGAGGACCGGCAAUUGAACUUUAAAAGGAAAAUGAUGGAAAAUUUAACUCAUCUUUACUAAUACUUGCUUUCAGUUUACUCCCUGGCCCAUUCCCUGAAAGCCCAUGGUCUUGACCCCACCACUUGUUUUUUUUUUCCUGGCAACAGUUAUCUGUGUGAGUCCAUUCACUUCAAUAAUAUGAAGUGUUAUCUGUUUACUAUGAAACCAUACCAGUAUGAGUUCUAAAUACCACCAUGGAGAAAUUAGAACUUGUUUUACAACCUUACUCUAGAGUCCGUUAUCUAGUGUGGAAGCAAAGACAUUGAAAAGGUUAGGUUAACAUGAUCAUAAUCUUACUUUCAAAUAUCUCUCACAUUUGCCUUUGAACUUUCCAUUUCCAAGUUAACAUUUAGGCCUUUAUUAUCUCAUGCCUUGAUAAUUUAAAUAGAUUCUUAAUUGGCCUACCUUGCUUCCUGUUCUCACUUAGUCCACCCUAUUCAAUAUAUUAAAUGGCUUUUAACAAUUUUAUCAUGUCAUGCCUCUGUUCAAAGAUUUGCUAGUGCUGACAGUUGCCCACUGAAUGCAAUACCAAUUCCUUAGCAUGGUGCUCAAAACCAUUUGUGACCUGGCUUCAACCACUCUCUCUAGACUUAUUUUCCAACAUUCCGGACACACAAUAUAUUCCAUCCAAACUGAACUCUUUCAGUUUCUAAACAUGCCUUAAGAUUCUCUCCUUUUCUACCUUUGCUAUUCCAUUCCCUUUUACCUAGAGUGUUCUUCCUCAUCAUCUUUAUUUUGGCUCAAAUGCCAUUUUUUUUUCUAAAAAUUUCUUUGAUUAACCAAGUUAGACAUGACAUUUCCCUUUGAGUAUUUAAGUUUUAUGUCACUUAUUAGGCUCUUACCACAAAUUUCCUUGUCUAGUCUUCAUAUUAGAUAGCUCUAGAUUCGAAUAUUAAACUGCCUAUUUGACAUUUACACUUACAUAUCUCAUAGAUACUUCAAAUAAAACAUGUUAAAAAUGAACAGUGAUAUACCCCAGGACUGUUCUUUCCUCCACAGUUUUCCUUGUCUUAGAAAAUGGCACCUCCUCCCACCCAGUUGCUUAAACUGGAAAACUGGAAGUCAUCCUUAGUUUUCUUCUUCUCUCAUCCUCUACAUCCAGUCUGUCAAGUCUGUCAAGUCUGUCAGUUCUAUUCCAAAGUAUAUAGUGACUAUUCAUUUUAUCAUAGCUAACUUAGUCCAUCUCCAAUGGAUUAUAACAGCUCAUAACAGGAGUUUUUAUGUCCACUCUUAUUCCCACAAUUGUAUUUUCACUAGAGAUGUGAUUUUUAAAAUUGCAAAUUAAAUCUUAUGACUUCUCUGUUUAAAGCCAUUAAACAACUUCUCAUUGCACUUAGAAUAAAAUCCAAACCCCUUACAACAUCCUUUAAGACCACUGUCUACUUCUUUUACUUUGUUUCAUGAAUCCUUUUAUCCUACACCACUUUUACCCUGGCUCACUGUGGUCUUUCCACUGAAGCAUGUCAAGCUCUUUCAUACCUCAGAGCUUGUACCUUUACUGUUCCAUCUCCUGAGACAUGUUUUACCCCUACUGUUCCUUCUAGAAUGCUUGUAUCUCCAUUCAUGGCAAGGCUAUCUAUUCCUUAUCCUUCGGGUCUUGAUAUGUCACUUCCUCAGACAGGUCUUUCUUUUUCUCUAUUAUUCUCUCAUUUUUUCCUGUUUUUUCCCCAAACUCAUAUCAAUCAUCGCUCGCAAUUUAUAAUUAUAUAUCUGGUCACAUACCUUGAUUCAACAAAUAUUUAUUGAGUACCUACUGUGUGCUGCAGUGGUGAACACAACACAUAUGAUCCCUGUAUGACUCCCUCAAUGAUAAGUUGCAUGGUGGGCAGGGCUAUGCCUGUUUUUGUCAACCACUGUAUUCUACUUCUUAUCUUAGUACCUGGGAUAUAGUAAUCAAUAAAUGAUUGCUAACAAAUGA